GUCAAUACAAACAUCUCUCUCUCUCUCCCAUCUCUCUCGCAUCAACACCCGUCGGACUAUUAAACCGGAGUGAGUUCGGAUCUCCAGCCGGAAGAUCCGACCCGCAACCCUCCACCGUGGCUUCUUCAGCUCAAAAACAGCAAACUAAUCUCUCUCGUCGAAAAUCACAAUCCACUUCUUCGUCUUCAUCAUCUCCAUCGAACCAUAACAGACAGGGCUUGAAUUCGGGUUCGACCCGAAUUGUGUACCGGGAAAGACUUAAUUCGCUUUCGGAUUCGGAUCCGGACUAUCCGUUUUGGCAACAGACGUGGUUCAUUUUGCUCUUGCUUGCCAUGGCUUUGUCUUUCUUUGGCAUUGCUGCUUUUCUGUUUCUCUCUCUGGAUUCUGAGUACGGAUUUAAUUAUCCGGCCUCCGCUGCGGUUUCCGAAGGCGUUGAGAUUACUUAUGGAUCCGUCAUAAAAUUGAUGCAUGAGAAGACAAGAUUUCGACUGCACUCGCAUGAGGUGCCAUAUGGUUCUGGCAGUGGGCAGCAGUCAGUUACCGGUUUUCCAAAUGUUGAUGAUGCCAAUAGCUAUUGGACUGUUAAGCGCAUUCCGGAAUCAUCUGCAAAGCAAGGAGCGCCAAUCAAAAGUGGAACUAUCAUCAGAUUACAGCAUAUGAGGACCCGGAAAUGGCUUCAUAGUCACUUACACAUGUCCCCCAUCUCGGGCAAUCAGGAGGUGAGCUGCUUUGGAGAUGAUAGCAAUUCUGACACUGGUGACUACUGGAGACUAGAAAUUGAGGGAAGCGGGAAAAGCUGGAGGCAAGAUCAAAAGAUCCGGCUUCGUCACGUGGACACUGGAGGCUACCUGCACACCCAUAACAAGAAAUACAACCGUAUUAUUGCGGGUCAGCAAGAGGUUUGUGGUGUACGAGACAAACUUCCUGAUAACAUUUGGUUGGCAUCAGAGGGGGUCUACCUUCCAGUUUCCGCAAGCAAGUAAUCUGAAAGUAGUGUACUACAAUUGGUCAGCCAUACUCAGCAGUCUGCAGAUAUUCUCCACCUCUCCUUAAUUUGUGUUGAAAUGCCGAUUAUUGGCACUGUCUUUUAGAUUACAUGUAUGGAGAAUAUAAAUAGAAAUCUUGGUAGUAUUAGAAUGUUUACCAAAGAUGGAGGAACUGGGCAAGUCUUACCUUAUACUAAAACAGAAGACAACCAGUAUCAUUCAGGCUUCUGUGUCAGUCUCUCGUUAAACUAAUUAGAUGACUUGGAUCUUCUCAAUUAUCAGCAGCAAUGAGUUUCUGCUUUCUUUCUGGUUA